AUGGGGCUGGCGCGUGCUGUGGGCUUCUCGGUGGCGGCAGCUGAGGUUGGGAAUGCGGGGAGCGCCUUGGGGGCAUGCGGCGGUGCCGGUCUUGGGGCAUGGGGCCGCGGGGCGAUGGCGGUGGGCCGGACGGGGCGCGGUGUCACCGGCGAGGGGGCAGUUGGCCGCAUGGGGGCAUGCGGACGAUGGGCAAGCUGCCUGGGCUGUUCUUGGUUGCGGGGCUAUGGCACUGAGAGGUGGGUGUGUGGGGGAGGGGUGGGGAUGGACGCAGAUAUUGCGUCGGCUUGGCGACGGGUCGCCACGGCCGCCUGCGACGCGUCUCCUGCGCUGGCUGGUGCGCGGCCCGCGCGACCCUGCGCCUUGCUGGGCCCCCGGCAUGGCAGCUGUCGGCCGGCUGCGGCUUGCCGCGCGGGUGUUGGUAAUGACGACUGGCAGUUUGCUGGAGGAGGUCGGGGUAGUCAUUGUGUAGGCGGGUUGAAGGGCGGCGUGCCGAGACGCGACCCGGCGCGGCAGUGGCGAAGCGGCCUUGCGGGGGUCGCCGGAGGUAUCGCCGGGGUGUGGUCGAUCCUCCAUCGUCGGGGGCAUCUGUCAAUGCUGAGGCAAACCCGCGAAAUGUGA